CAUUUCAUCCUCUUCUCUCUUCUCUCUAUAUAUUUCAAAAGAUUUCAUUUUAAUUUGUCUCCAAAAAGAAAAGAUUUUAUUUUAAUAAAAAUAUAAUUUUGAGCUCAAUGAACUUUCUUUUGUUCUUUAAUAUUUUCCAUUCAUCGAAGCUAUACAGAAGGAAUCUGAACAAAAAGAAGAUUACAAAUAGCUGAGAAAAGUAAUUGAGAAAAGUUUAAAAAAAUGGGUGAAACGGAGAAUCAUCAGCACCACCACCCACCGCCGCCACAAGUGGUUGCUCCGCCGGCUGCUCCUCCUCCUAAUUUCGCUCUUUCAAGGGGACCUACUUGGACUCCAGCUGAACAACUUCAUCAACUUCAAUACUGCAUCCACUCCAAUCCUUCUUGGCCUCAAGCACUUUUAUUGGCAUUCCAACACUUCAUUGUGAAUCUUGGUACAACGGUGUUAAUUGCAAGUACUAUGGUGCCUCGAAUGGGUGGUAAUCAUGGUGAUAAAGCUCGGGUUAUUCAAGUAUUGCUGUUUAUGUCAGGCAUUAAUACGUUACUUCAAACGCUUAUUGGCUCGAGACUUCCCACAGUGAUGGGUGUAUCAUUUGCUUAUACCUUGCCGUUGUUGUCUAUCAUCAACGAUUAUACCGAUGAGGCCUUUGGAACUGAGCAUGAUCGGUUUGUUCGCGGUAUAAGAACCAUUCAGGGAUCACUAAUCGUUGCUUCCUUCGUUAAUAUCAUCCUCGGGUACAGUAGGGCAUGGGGCGAGCUAACAAGGUUCUUUACUCCCAUAGUCAUGGUACCGGUUGUUUGUCUCGUUGGUCUCGGUCUCUUUGCACGAGGCUUCCCAUUGCUUGGUAACUGCGUGGAAAUUGGCCUGCCUAUGCUUAUUCUACUGAUUAUUUCUCAACAGUACCUGAAGCGUGUCCACUCGAGAGCCCAUCUAAUACUCGAGAGGUUUGCCUUGCUUAUUUGCAUUGGAAUUGUGUGGGCUUUUGCUGCUAUCCUAACCGUGUCUGGUGCUUACAACAACGUUAAGACUGCUACUAAACUGAGUUGCCGCACGGAUCGAUCUUACCUAAUGUCUUCUGCUCCUUGGAUUAAAAUCCCGUACCCAUUUCAAUGGGGCACACCUAUAUUCAGAGCUAGCCAUGUGUUCGGGAUGAUCGGUGCUGCACUCGUUUCGUCUGCCGAGUCAACUGCAACCUUUUUUGCAGCAGCUCGGCUUUCGGGUGCCACAGCCCCUCCGGCACAUGUACUCAGCAGAAGUAUUGGCUUACAGGGCAUCGGUAUGUUACUCGAAGGACUUUUUGGUUCACUCGUUGGUACUACCGCAUCCGUUGAAAAUGUUGGCCUUCUCGGACUUACACAUAUAGGAAGCAGAAGGGUGGUACAGAUUUCCACCGGUUUUAUGAUAUUCUUCUCCAUAUUCGGGAAAUUCGGCGCAUUCUUCGCCUCUAUCCCGUUGCCGAUAUUUGCAGCCAUAUAUUGCAUUUUAUUGGGUAUUGUCGCUGCUUGUGGGAUCACAUUCAUACAGUUUGCAAAUAGUAAUUCCAUGAGAAACAUCUAUGUUUUGGGUGUGUCUCUAUUCCUCGGGUUAUCGAUUCCUCAAUACUUUGUAAUGAACACAACCGGUGACGGUCAUGGACCCGUAAGAACAAAUGCUGGAUGGUUUAACAGUAUAUUGAACACCUUCUUUUCAUCGCCUGCAACCGUGGCCACCAUCGUUGGGACCGUGCUCGAUAACACAUUAGAAGCAAGACAGGUGGACGAUAGAGGAAUCCCGUGGUGGAAACCAUUCCAACACAGCAAAGGCGAUGCUCGAACCGAGGAAUUCUACAGCUAUCCGUUAAGAAUAAAUGAAUAUAUUCCGACCCGGUUUCUCUAAAGCAUUAUCACUAAAUUGUUUUUAUAUUAGCUGCAAAAUACAGGGCAUAUUUUGUGUUCCAUAUGCAUGAGGCUCAGGUUAAAUCGGUUCUUGUAAACCGGUGGUCGGCACCGGUGAAUGUCGUGUCGGUUUUUCAAGGUAUGUAGAGUACUGAAUGUAGAUGAAAAUUGGCUGAGAAAAGGAAACAGGGAACUGGUUAAAGCUAUAUUUAUCCUACUGAACUCUUUAAGCAAAUAAUAUUGGUCAAAUUUUAUAAAAGGCCCCUGUACAAUAUAAUUUUGGUGAUUCA